UGUGAGUGACAGCUGGCUGUCAGAGGCAUGAGUCGGCUCGGAGCGAAGCGGAGACAAAAGCGGAGCCGGUGACGACGCGCGGAAAACCGCGGAGAGAAGAGCGAGGGAGACGGUGGGAGAGAGAAAUACGGAGGGAGAGAAGGAGGAAGGAAGGAAGGAAGAAAAUUAAGAUAAAGGGUUUUUGUGUGGUUGGGAGGGGAUUUUUUUUUUUUAAGUGCAAGAGACCCGCGGCCAGGCCAUGGACGAGCAUGCAGGGCCCGGUGUGUUCUUCAACAACAACAACAACGGCAGCAACUCGGGGCUGCCGAGCGGCGGAGCAGGAAAGGGCGCUGUGGCCGAGGGGAACGGCGCGGAGGCGGUCAGGGCUCACUAUAGCAUCCCGGGCAUCCUGCACUUCCUCCAGCACGAGUGGGCCCGCUUCGAGCUGGAGAGAGCGCAGUGGGAGCUGGAGAGAGCCGAGCUGCAGGCGCAGGUUGCCUUUCUGCAUGGCGAGAGAAAAGGUCAGGAGAACCUGAAGAAGGACCUGGUGAGGAGGAUCAAGAUGCUGGAGUAUGCACUGAAGCAGGAGAGAGCGAAAUACCACAAGUUAAAGUACGGCACGGAGCUGAAUCAAGGUGACAUGAAGCCACCAAGCUACGACUCGGACGAAGGGAAUGAGAAGGACUUUCCCGGCUCCCUGAACAAUCAGCUGUCGUGGAAACAGGGCCGCCAGCUUCUCAGACAGUAUCUCCAGGAAGUGGGCUACACGGACACCAUCCUGGACGUGAAGUCUCAGAGAGUGAAGGCUCUUCUGGGGCUGAUGGGAGACUCCAGCCGGACCAAUCAGGAGCCUCUGAUCAACGGAACAGACUCCUCGGCACCUAAAGGAGCAAACACCGGGAAAGCAGAGCUGUCAGAAACGAGUGCCGUCCUCGAGGCGUUCAAGUUCAUCGAAAGCGCCACUGGCGAGUUCAGCGACGAGGAGGAUGAUGAGGACAGCGACGGGAGAGAGAGGACCCUCGUCGAUUCACGAACGAUUGUGAGGAAGAAACCGUCCUCCUCAUCCUCUUUCUCUCCGGCCGCCGAUGUGUGUGACGACCUCGACACGGAGGACGCGCUGAAGGACUUCGACUUCCUUUCCACGACCGAAGACAUGGACACGUCACCCGAGUCCAGGAGUGCGGGAGACGGUACAGACUGGGAGAAGGACAAGCAGCGCGGCACGUCUGAGUCCUGGGACGUGGAUCAGGGUCUGAUUACCAAACUCAAGGAGCAAUACAGAAAGGAGCGCAAGGGCAAAAAGGGGGUGAAGAGACCAAACCGUACUAAGCUGCAGGACAUGUUGGCUAAUUUGAGGGAGAACGAGGACAUGAGUCCACUGCAGUCGUCAGUCAGUCCGCCGUCUCGACUCAACUCUAACCGCUUCAUAGAACACGACAGCAGCCACGCUGACGAAGUAGAGGCCAUCACGUUCCCUCCCUCCUCGGGGAAGUCCUUCAUCAUGGGAGGAGAAGACGCGGUGGACUCAGGAGAGCUGGGUCUGGGAGAGCUGGCGGGUCUCACCGUCGCCAACGAAGCCGACAACCUGGCUUACGACAUCGGUAACAAUAAAGACGCCCUGCGUAAGACGUGGAACCCCAAGUUCUCCCUGCGCAGUCACUUCGACGCCAUCCGCGGCCUGGCGUUCCACCCCACGGAGCCGGUUCUCGUCACGGCCUCCGAAGACCACACGCUAAAGAUGUGGAAUCUGCAGAAGACCACGCCUGCCAAGAAGAAUGCCUCACUGGAUGUGGAACCUAUUUAUACCUUCAGGGCUCAUAGGGGAGCGGUGCUGUGCGUAGUGAUGAAUAACACAGGAGAGCAGUGCUACAGCGGCGGAGUGGACGGCACCAUUCAGUGCUGGAACACCCCAAGCCCCAACAUCGACCCCUACGACUCGUACCAGCCGAGCGUCCUGCGUGGGGCGCUGUGUGGACACACAGAUUUGGUCUGGGGUUUGGUACACAGCAGCGCACACGAGCGCCUCCUGUCCUGCUCGGCCGACGGCACGGUGAGGUUAUGGAACGCCUCCAACAUCGAGCCGGCCAUCGCCGUGUUCAACGAGAACAAAGAGUUGGGCGUGCCCUCCUCGGUGGAUCUGGUAUGCAGUGAACCUGCGUACAUGGUCACGUCUUUUACUAAUGGCAGGAUCGGCCUCUUCAACAUGGAGACACAGCAGCUAGUGCAGAGUCUCGAGUCUACUACUGAGUCUGGUUCUUUGUGUCAGGUUAAUAAAGUUCUGAGUCACCCGACUCUCCCCAUCACCAUCACGGCUCAGGAGGACCAUCACAUCAAGUUCUACGACAACAACACGGGAAAGCCCAUUCACUCGAUGGUGGCCCAUUUGGACGCUGUUACGAGCCUCGCUGUGGAUCCCAACGGACUGUACCUGAUGUCCGGAAGCCACGACUGCUCGAUCCGCCUAUGGAACCUCGAGAGCAAGACGUGCAUCCAGGAGUUCACAGCUCACCGCAAGAAGUUCGACGAGUCCAUCCAUGACGUGGCCUUCCACCCGUCCAAGUGCUACAUCGCCAGCGCCGGAGCAGACUCCCUCGCCAAGGUCUUCGUAUGAGCCUGGGACCCGCCCGCUUUCUUUAAACCCCGCCUGCUGGAAACAGACUGACCAAUGACAGAGUGCCACGAAUCGGCCUGGAGACCAACAAACGGGGAACCCGUCUCCUCCCAGUCGCCUCGUCUCCUCUUUUCUCCUGUUCGUUAUAACGGACGCCCGAGACGGGAGAAGAGCGCUUCAGGGUUCCCCCGCUAGUACCUCCUACAGAAUCCAGGCGGGCCUGGGUGCUCCACACGAGCAGGAACCAUAGCCAAUCUCGUUCGCUCGAAACGGGAGCGGACGAAGAGGAAACAAACGGCGUAUCAUGCCCGUAGCGACACUCCUGUCUAAUUUUUCUCCUCGACGUGAAGAACCUCACGCUCUCGUGGUUCCCCCUCCUCCUCAAUGGUCCGUAAAAUGAACCCACGUGUCGUGGAGGACGUUUCCUCUUUCUCCUCUUCUCUCGGCUUCCACGACUUGAUAACACGACGAUCUGCCUACCGUUUCAUUUCUUUUUAAAAACGAAAACGUGCCUUUGCUUUAGAAAGGUCUUGAAAAAUGUUUUACAGGUUUCUUUUUUUUUCCCUGAUGAGGGUUUUGGGAAAGGAACUGUAGGCGAAGUAAAGUAAAAAAAAUUCCGGCUGGGUGAGGACAACGUCGUCCAUUUUAACCGUAUAGAACGUUGGAUGUAUAAUUACAAAUCCGUAUUAAUAAACAAAUAUAUAUAUUUAGUCUUAAACCUUAAUAGUCGGUGGGAAUUUCGAGUGUUUUUUUGAUACUUUUGUUGAAGAGUGUAUGAGCGUGUGUGUGUGUGUGUGUGUGCAGUGAAUUUGCAGUGCUGGUUUUAGGAACCCUUAUAAGUGAAAGCUCAAUUGUUGUCCAUCGUUGUUGGCUGCAGGUUACGUUGAAAGUAUAGAUGAUGAUCAUGAUGAUGCUGAUGAUGAUCCUCCUGUCUACAAAUAAACACAAGGGUUUGUCGACUAGACGCACUUCCUUUCCCGAGUCUUUUAUACUUAAACGCCGUCAGACCCUGCUGUGUCAGGAGGGACAGAACUUCUUCGGCUUGGUCACACAAUGGUUCUGCAUAAACGGCUCCUGAAAUGAAAGGAUUCGGAAAUCGAAAGAUUACAUAAAGAAAUGAUUUGGUACAUUUAGAAUUCAGUACAUUUACAGUGUUUGAAUGAAGGGCCUUGCUCAAGGGCCCAACACUGACAAUAGCCCAGCUACUCCUUCCUCAGUAGCGUCAUUCACGGUGACUCUAGCCAAUCAGUGAGCCUCGUGUAUGUAGAUGACUGCAGACGUCUCUUUUCUUCACGUGUUACCCGGUUACGUUCGGUUCGCUUACGUGUCUGAGGACGUACGUGUCGUUAUAAUAUACAUAUAUAUAAAACGUGAUACAGUCUGACUGCCAGGAAGUCUCUCUUACAUUAAAUUCAGCAUGGGAAAGAUUAUGAUUCUGAAGUAAAACCUGAACGUCCCCAAAUUCGCGGCGAAUAAAUGAGAUAAAAGCAUUUUUUUUUAUUCCAGCCUGUGACAUUUCUUCUUCCCCUUUCUUGCACUCUUUCUCGAUUCCCACCAGGAAUUCAUUCCAUUAAAGCAGUCUGUUAAUUUUCAUAAAGGUUCCUGAAGGUCACACAAGACUUCCUCCUGUUCUCUGGUUCCUCACUCAGGAUUUUUGAGGCAUUCUUCUCAGACUGUUCAGUCGUAAUCCAGGUUAAUAAUUUAAUAAAGAGGUUCUGUUGGUA